AUGAGUCUUCUCCUAGUUAGUUUCCUCUUGCUCAUGCCAAUCCUCCUUCUGCUUAGAGGAAGAAGAAAAGCAUCCAAAAGGGUCCCUCCAGGUUCACUUGGAAUACCUAUUAUUGGUCAAAGUCUUGGCCUUCUUAGAGCUAUGCGUGCCAACACUGCAGAAAAAUGGGUUGAAGAAAGAAUCAACAAGUAUGGUCCUAUUUCAAAGCUAAGCCUCUUUGGAAAGCCAACAGUUUUAAUCUAUGGACAGGCUGCAAAUAAGUUUAUAUUCUCAAGUGGUAGUAACACCAUUGUUAACCAGCAAACAGAGUCCAUCAAAAUGAUACUGGGCGACCGCAGCUUGCUGGAACUGAAUGGUGAAGAUCACAGCCGAGUCAGGGGUGCACUUGUCUCAUUCUUGAAGCCAGAAUCCUUGAAGCGAUAUGUGGACAAAAUGGAUGAAGAAGUUAGGAGGCACCUUGACAUGCAUUGGCAGGGGAAACAGCAGGUCAAGGUAUUGCCCCUUAUGAAGACGCUCACAUUCAACAUAAUUUGCUCUCUUCUGUUUGGUCUUGAGAGUGGAGAACAAAGAGAUCAAUUACUGCCUUCCUUUCAAGCGAUGAUAGAAGGAAUGUGGUCAGUGCCAGUUAACGUGCCCUUCACACGCUACAAUCGCAGCCUCAGAGAAAGUGCAAGGAUCCAGAAAAUGUUGAAGAAGAUUGUGCACAUGAAGAAGAUGGAACUUGAGAAAAAUGUAGCCUCUUCCCACCAAGACUUGAUCAGCUGCAUGCUAAGCAUGGUUGAUGAAGAUGACAAACAAGUUAUAACGGAGAAGGAAAUCAUUCACAACGUUAUGCUUGUCAUGGUUGCUGGAUAUGACACUUCAUCUGUUCUAAUCACUUUCAUCAUCAGACUCUUAUCCAAUGAGCCUUCUAUCUGUGCAGCAGUUCUCCAAGAACAGGAAGAGAUAGCAAAAAGCAAGCCUUCAGGAGAGCCACUGACAUGGGAAGACCUUUCAAAGAUGAAGUGCACUUGGAGAGUAGCAAUGGAAACUCUUAGAAUCUUUCCUCCCAUAUUUGGUGGCUUCAGAAAGGCUGCCACAGAUAUUGAAUAUGAAGGAUACUUCAUACCCAAAGGGUGGCAGAUUUUCUGGGUCACAGCAUUGACCCACAUGGACAACAACAUUUUCUCAGAGCCAUCAAAGUUUGAUCCAAGUAGAUUUGAAAACCAAGCAUCUACACCACCCUACUGCUUCAUUCCAUUUGGAGGGGGAGCCAGAAUAUGUCCAGGGUAUGAGUUUGCCAGGGUUGAAACUCUCGUUGCAAUUCAUUACAUUCUUACCCGGUUCAAUUGGAAGCUAUGUUCUGAUAAUUUCUUUAAGAGGGAUCCAAUGCCAGUACCAACUCAAGGGCUACUACUUCAAAUUUGGCCAAGGAAGCUUUCUUAA